UGUCAGCCUCCAUGUUAGCAAAUCGCACCCGGUUGGGACAAACUUGUCUGGCUCUAACGUCGAGAUAUUUUCGAAAUUUGGGGCCGGUUGUUAAACAGACGUCACAGUUGAGAAAAGACUGUUUACCAACAUCUUCCAGAUGGCCAGAAACUUUUCCAGCAGUUGGGACAUUUAUUCGACAUCUCUCCACAACAAAUGAGGCAGCCGGUGAGGCAGAGGAAGAUGCCUUGUAUAAAAAGCUUAUUAUUGAAGUAGGAGGUCACGAUCCGGAAGUUUUAAGGAGUUAUGAAUCCUAUGUCACCACUGCCUCCAAACUACUGGAAAUUAGUCUAGAUAGCGUUGAGACACCACCAAAACACAUUCACAAAAUGACUAUGCUCAAAUCUGUACACAUUUACAAGAAACACAGGGUUCAGUAUGAAAUGAGGACACAUUUCAAAAUAUUCAAUAUAAAAAAUAUAACUGGUUCAACAGCGGAUACAUUUCUCGAAUAUAUUCAAAGAAAUUUACCUGAAGGAGUAUCCAUGAAAGUGACUAAGCAUCGUAUUGAAAGACUACCCGAGCACAUCAAACCACCCACAGCAGAGCCUGAAUUAGCCAGUUAGCCUACAGUUUGUGGAUUCAAAGCCUACAAAUAUUCUGUUCUCAUUAUUGACUCACUACAACAGGAUGGAGUAACUCCCUGAUGAAUUGAAUGCACACAUUAACAAUCGUGAACACGAAUAUUGGCAAGGUGUUGUGAAAAAGAUAUGACUCUCAGACAGCUGGCCUUCUUGUAGCAGGUCAGCUUGAACACUUCAGUCCAUCAAAAGCUCUGAAAUACAGAAGGGUAUUAGGCAGUGUGCAUCAGGUAUGGCCAAAUGUUCUCAGUGUAAGGCCGUUUGGAAAGGUCAUCUUCAGUGAAGUCAAGGACGACUGCAAGGAGAGUGGUGAGAGUAGGAAGAGUUAAGAAAUUGAGUAGUACAUGUAUGUGGCUGAUUAGUUUGGUUGCCUCAAAAGCGAAGUUGUCUUAAUGUCAAUAGUUUUCUGAAAUAAACCCAUGUACCUAA